UAAAAUAGAGCCUAUCGCAUGAUUAUCCAUAGGGCACUGGGACCAUCUAAACUACUAAAUCCAAAAUCACUGUUUUAUUUAACGAACGAAUACUUCCUCAUGUCAUUUAUUUUACAUCAAUUUGCUACAUUUUUUCCAGUUUUUUUUUUCUUACAUUCUGACAAAUGCGCAGUUUGUCAGCACUUCAAGAUGUUCCUCUCCUCUUUAUCACUUGUGUGAGCUCAGGAGUCUUCCACGCAGCCCCACAGCAGCAGUGGAGGCGUUGGAUGGUAGCCUUGCUCUGACACGCCAUCUCCCUGGCGACGCACCUAUUGCCUUAAGGCUGCACGGUUCAGAUGGAGCAGAUGAACCUCUUUGCUCCCCCGUACUUGAGUAGCUUACAGAUGGACUUGACACCGGAACGCAUGAGCAGCAGCACUUUUUGACUUCCGUCCUCUCAUGAAGACGCACCAGUUCUUCACUGACACCCUUUCUAUCUUUCUUCUGUGUUCCUCACGGCCCCGAUGGAUAUGUACACCUCCACUUUGUCACCAGCGCUGGACAUCGGAACAGGGUGUUACCUGCUGGUUGUAGCUCUUCUCUCCAUCAUUGGAAACCUGCUAGUUAUCAUCAUGGCAAUUAAAAGGUCAUCGAAGAUGAAGCCGCCAGAGCUGCUGUGUGUGAAUCUGGCAGUGACGGAUCUGGGGGCAUCUGUUGCCAUGUAUCCUCUGGCUGUGGCCUCUGCCUGGAGCCACCGCUGGCUUGGGGGAGAUGUAACCUGUAUAUAUUAUGGCCUGGCUGGGUUCCUCUUUGGUGUCGCCAGCAUCAUGAACCUGACUAUCUUGGCCAUAGUGCGUUUCAUUGUGUCCCUCAAUCUGCAGUCUCCAACAGAUGAGAAGAUCAGCUGGAAGAAGGUGAAGAUCAUGUGCAUAUGGAUCUGGCUCUAUGCUCUGAUCUGGGCUCUGUUUCCAAUUCUGGGCUGGGGGCGGUAUGGCCCGGAGCCCUUCGGCCUGUCCUGCUCUCUUGCCUGGGGACAAAUGAAAAAUCAGGGGUUCUCUUUUGUCAUCUCCAUGUUCUCCUUCAACUUUGUUGCACCUUCUGUCAUCAUCAUCUGCUGCUACUUUGGCAUUGCCAUCAAGCUAUAUUUCACCUACAAAAAGAUGAUGAACAACGGCAACAUAGUCCCCAACACUAUCAAGCUCCAUCGAAGACUGUUGAUAGUCGCUAUGCUGAUCAGUGUAGGCUUCAUAGGCUGCUGGGCGCCCUAUGGACUGGUAAGUCUGUGGUCUGUUUUCCAAGACAGUAGCACCAUCCCGCCUGAAGUCAGUCUCCUGCCAUGCAUGUUUGCAAAGAGCUCGACUGUAUACAAUCCUAUGAUCUACUACAUCUUCAGCAAGAGCUUCAAAAGGGAGGUAAAGCAGCUGCGCUGGUUGUGCACUGGCUCUAAUUCAUGCCAAGUCUCCAACAGCAUCAAUGACAACAGCGUUUAUAUGGUUAGUACAGACAUCAAGACCAGACUAGAAGCACGGUGUGCUUUGCAUUAGAUCUCUGAGUCAAAGUCAGUGAUUUGGGAUUGAAAGACUUUUUUGGGAUAUGCGUGAGAGGAAAGACUUCUUCAACAAAGACUUUUGCGCUGUUAUUUGUGGAAAAAGUUGUGGUGUCAUAGUGUGUAACCUCACAAACAUUAUCAGGAUAGGUAAUGCUGUUAUAUUAACAUAGCAAGCAGCAUAACAAACUGUCCUAUUCAGUGUGGAAUGAACAACAUGUGAAAGAGGCAAAAGUGCUUUGUCAGCCACAAGGAUUUAAGAAAAGCGCAUAUCUUAACACAUUAUAAACCAGAGGUUGUACAGAAAAACACAGAAAAAAAGAUGUUUAUUUUGCUUCAGCUCAAUCUGUGAUAAAUACUUUAUUAUUUGAAUCAAUACUUCUUGAUAAUUUUCUUGACAUCAGUAUUUUCUAGAAGAAAAAAAAAAAAAGAUUGAUGAUGUUAUUCCAGGAAAAAUGUAAUUAUUGCAUGUGUUAGGUGUUUUAAUGAAGUGACAGCAGAAAAACAGUGUUUCCUAAGUCUGCCUCUAAAAAUAUUUGUAAAAGUCGCCUAUUGUCCAUGUUUACCUUGUCUAAAGGAUGUAUACUUACAUCUCCUAUCAUUUUUUGCAAUACUCUGAAUGUUGCUUAGAAUGAGAGUGAAGUGAAAAGCUAUCAUCAUUUUAUAUUUUUAUUAACAAUAAACAACAACAAAACAAUAAAUAGAAUUUGUUCUUCUAACAAAUGUUGCAGAUGUUCCUUGGUGUCUUGACAGAUAAGAAAAUUGACACCUUUGUCACGUUUGUGUAAGAAAGAAGCUAUAGCCUGGAACCCGUUAGCCUUGCAAAGAUAGCAAAGAGACUGCAAACAGAGGGGAAGUUGUCAUUUUUAUUGUACGGUCACUUGAAUUUUUGUACAAAUUAGCAAAGGUGUUAUUUAAUGAGCUUUAGAGGUACUCGUUGGCAUAUUUUUUGACCCUUAGAUUAGAGGCCUUAGAGGCUUUUUGCUAAACUAAACUAACAGGCUGCUGGUGGCAAUCAGAGAAUCAAUCAGAGUGGAAAUAGUAGAACAAAUAGAAGAACAGAUAUGGAGCUUUGCUGCACAAAAAAUGAAGUUUUUUGAUAUUGUGGAAAACAUUGGAGAGGAAGUGCAGGGGCUACUAGGAGAGAAUUUCAGGCCUCUCAGAGCCUAGACUGAGUAGGAUAGUUUUAUUAGAGUGUUUAGAUUAGCUUUAGGAUAAGAUACGAGAAUCGAAGUUUAUUUUCAAUCCAUUGCUCUGAGUACAAACCAUCCAUAAAAACCAAAGAAGACGAAGAAGAGCAAAACAGCAGUUGAGGAAACAGUCUCAGCUCAAGGUCUACUGAUUCACUUGUCCUGGAGCUUACUACCCUAUCACACAGUACUCGUUAGGAGGCCAAAUUUACUCAGUUAUGAUGAACCGUGAAACAUUAAGUCAGUCUGAAUAAGAAGUCCUGUAAGUGCUCAGAAUCAUCAAAUGUAACACCUACAGUUCCACAGCAACUGGACAAAUUCAGUCUACAAAUGAGAACCACAUGAUGUAGUUAAAUGUGCCAGAACAAACACAUAAGAGGACCUGGAGUUGGGAUUGUUUUGUCAACAACAAAGUUCUAAGGCGCAAACAAAUACCUCAUGCUUUGACUUCACAGUCAGUACUUGUUAGUGGGAUAUAUUCAUUGUUAUUUUUGGCCUUUCAUUUAAUUUAUUUUAAGAUACACUAAGGUGUUUUAAAUCCUUUAUUUUCAACUUUGUGAACUGUGAAAAAAGCUCU